AUGUAUGAUGAUAGUUGGAAUUUGAUAGACCGCGAGAAGAUCUUCGAUAACUAUGAAUUAGAAGGACUCAAAAAUGUGGUACGCAUCAAUCUUCUAACGGCAUGUGCGUCAUUGAUUCGAAAAACAAGAGAUCGAGAUGAAGAAUAUCUUCGCAGUUCGGCAGCCGCUGCAGCUAUUCUGAGAAGAUGCUCUCAGCUGUACGAGGGAGAAGUCGACAUUUACGAUCACUCAAAUCAAAUCGAAGAUGAAUACGGCGCUUAUAUAAUUGAAAUUGUCUCAGAUCCGCAAGUAUUCCGAUGGCUGGAACAGCCCAUUGGGGUUGCUGGAUUGAAGAUUGAAGACGGAACGCGUUACUUUUUGAAGGAUGAGGGUAGAAUUCGCAAUAUAUUCACUGACUCAUAUCAGUUGACUAAUGACGAUAUAGUUCAUGUCAGAAAGCCGACUGUUUCUUUCAAAAGUUAUAAGUUUCGAAUCAAACAAUUGCGAGUGGAAAUUCAUGAUAUGGGAGGACAGAAAAGCGAAUUAGUUAAAAUCCCUCAAUUCAUGAGGCAAUUCUUAACAACGAGUGGACACUGCUUUUUACUCUAUGUAUCAUCGCUAGCAGCGUUUCAAGAACCUGAUAAGGACUCUAAAGGAAGGACAGUUCUUGAUAAAAGUGCUGCAAUUUUUAAGUUAGUUCUAGAAAUGAGUGGAGUAGAUGAGUGUACUGUGAUGAUUUUCUUCAAUAAACAAGAUCGUUUCGAGGAAAUUUGUCGAGAAAUGCUGCAAAAUGAUGAUGGAGAAGGAAAAAGACAAAUUGAGAAGUUGCUUGGAGUUGCACCAAAACUUCCGAAAAACCAAAAGGAAGGAGGAAAGAAAAACAAGCCAGAAAACUUCGAUUACUUGAAAGAUUCGAUUCGCAAUCGAUUUAAAGAAAUUCUCAAGAAUAACAAUGACAAAAAGAGUUAUUAUAUGAAAUACACUCAAGCAACAGACGCUCAACUGAUGAGUACUAUUUUCUAUGCAGUGGAGAACGAAAUUAUUUCAGCUUUCUUCACUCAAGCUCGUUAUUUAUAA